GAAAAUCAUGUAAACAAACAAACAAACGUCAGCUGAUAAUUUGUUGCAUUUGGAAUAAUCUUUGUGUUGCGUUCUAUCUAACGAAAAAAUGAUUGCCGGCGGUAAUGGCGAUCCCAAUCCCAACUCGUCCUGGCUUGAUUCGCGUGGUUUAUGGCUUGCGUACGUCCUGGGCAUAACUAUCUUUCACAUCGUGCUACUAGCGAUACCGUUUGUGCAGAUUCCGUACGCUUGGACGAUUACGAACAUUUCUCACAAUCUGGCUCACUUAUACUUUCUCCAUUCGAUCAAAGGCGCACCAUGGAUGAGCAUCGAUGCGGGUGAGAAUCGCAAAUACACCCACUGGGAACAGAUCAACUGUGGGGAACAGUUUACGACGACAAGAAAAUUUCUGACCGCUGCUCCAAUUAUUCUGUUUCUUCUGACAUGUCUUUACACGCGCAAUGAUAACGAUCAUUUUAUCGUCAACUUUAUCUCGCUCGUGGUGGUACUCGUACCAAAGCUUCCUCAAUUCCAUGGCGUACGUUUGUUUGGUAUUAACAAAUACUAAAAUGGUGGGUAUCAAACAGGCACAUUCUAAUCGGUACAUAGAUUUACUUUGUUAAUCUUUCCAUUAACGCAAGGAAGAAUAUUUGUAUGUUAAGCUCAUCCAACCAAGUUCUGGAUGUAUACACGUGUAAUAAUCUUAAAAUUGUAACAAUUGGACUUUAAACCGUGCGUUGAUUCUCGUAUGUGGAUAAAAGACUGUAAAAUAUGGAUCUAAGCAGCACGAGGUUUACUCUUUAAAAUAAGUAUCAAAAUCAUAAUGAUGAUAAAAGAAUCUUUUUUUUUCGAGAUCAACAUUGAUCACCUAUUAGAUGUGAUGUGUAUUGUGUAUAUUGAAAUAAAAUAGGAUCUUAUGACGCACAAA